CAGCCUGCAUGAAAAAUCAUUGUCAUUCGGUUCAGACUCCUGGAAAAUAUGUUUGAUGUAUUAUAUGUUCAUAAUCUAGUUUCACGAAACAAAAGCAUUAAUCGAAUCGGCAAGUUAUCUCAAAAUGGACUUCGUUCUUUCUACUUUCACUUUGAAAAAGACUUUGAUAUCGCCCGAUUGCAUGUGUGUAUGUGUGUAACAUCACGUCGUUUGGACAUCAGUUGCCCAAUAAACAUCUGGAUAUUAGGAUUACCGUAAACGACCUACACUUUCAGAGCAUGGAUACAAACACAGAAGCAGUGGACGUGGUUGUGAUUGGAGGAGGAAUAUCAGGGGUGGUAACUCUGAAAUGUCUCUUGGACGCGGGCCUCUCCGCCGUUGUUAUUGAACGUACAGACGAUGUCGGGGGAUUGUGGAAGUUCAGAGAAAAUGACUAUGGCGUCAUGAGCUUUACACAUAUCAACGUUUCCAAGUACAACUAUUGUUUCUCGGACUUUCCUUUCCCCGAUGAUGUUCCUGACUACCCACACAACAAGGACAUGGCGAAAUACGUCGGAAAUUACGUAGAACAUUUUGACCUCAGAAAGCAUAUACGAUUUCACAAAAAGGUUCUGAAUGUGAAGAAAGAAAACAAUACGUGGACAACAAAGAUUAAACAAGUAGAAGCAGAUGGAAAAACUGUUCAGGACUCAGCAGAGGAAGAGGUGAUAAACUCCAAAUUUGUUGCUAUAGCAACUGGUCACCACGCCAAACCAAGUUAUGCAAAGUUUCCUGGACAAGAUUCAUUCAAAGGCGAUAUUAUGCACAGUGUGUCCUUCAACGAUGCCAUAGCCAAUGGGAUGACAGAAAAGAGGGUUCUCCUUGUUGGUAUUGGUAACAGUGCUGUUGACGUCGCCGUGAACUGUGCCACAGUUGGCAGGUGUAAGUCUGUGUACGUAAGUACCAGAUCAGGGGCUUGGGUGGUACCCAACUACAUAUUUGGACAUGCCACAGACUUGUACGCGUGUAGGCUCUUCUUCAAACUCCCGUGGAAACUUGCAAACACUAUCUUCGAGGCGGUCAUCAAGAUUAUCAGUGGACAUCCUAGAAAGUGGAAGUUAAACCCCAAGAUGCAGGCUUUGUCCACCCAGCCGACUGUCAGCCCGACCCUCAUACAUCACAUACAGAGGGGGAACAUCAAGGUGGUGCCAAAUGUUCAGAGAAUUGAAGGGAGCAAGGUAGUUUUCAUGGACGACACGAGCGCGGAGUUUGAUAACAUCAUACUGUGUACAGGAUACAAGAUUGAUCUCCCCUACUUGGAGGACGGGGUCAGAGAUGUGGUACUGGAUGACGAACAUAAUGAUAUCAAGUUGUACAAAAAUGUGUUCAGCCCAGAAAUCGGCAGUUCUCUGGCGUUUAUUGGCUUCGUUCAGCCGGCUUCUGGCGGGGUGUUGACUAUGUCGGAGAUACAAGCCCGCUGGUUUGCCGAGAUGUGCAAAGGCCAGGUGCAGCUUCCCAGCAAGUCCGAAAUGGAGGCGAACAUUGCUGAAGAAAAGAUAGUAUGUUCCUCCAAGUACUACAAGUCGGCAAGGCACACCAUUCAGAGAGACCCAAUUGUGUACAACGACGAGAUAGCCGACCUUAUAGGGGCAAAACCCAGUCCGAUGACAAAUCCAGGUUUAGCAUGGAGGUUGCUGCUGUCAUCUUGCGGGGCCUCCCAAUGGCGGCUCCAAGGUCCAAACAGCUGGAGUGGCGCUGCCGACGCCGUCAAGAAAGUCCCACUAACCGAUCUCAUGAACUACUCGGGGAUCCUCGUGGUUUCAGUGAUAGGACUCGUGCUGGCCUACUUCCUUUCAAGGGUGUUUGGAAUAUAUUAGGACUUUGAGACAGUAUAAAUUGGAUAAAUGUCCGGGAUAGUUGUUUAAUUGUAUUUUGAAAUGUUUUAUUCCAUACUAAUUUGGAUUUUAUUGAACAUUUAUAAACUAUUCAAUUGAAACGCAGCAUAUAAAAAACAUGUGAAUAAUAAAUGCAAAAAUCAAAACAAAAAGAAAAAGUUUUUUAUUUUUCUUUGAGUUGUGUUAUACAACAAUA